AGCUGGACGGCGGUCAUCGCGGGUAGUAGCGAACCACAUCUGCCGAGUACAUGGAAGAUGAGUUCAGUUUGGAAGCGCUUGCAACGUGUAGGGAAAAAGGCGUCAAAGUUCCAGUUCACGGCUUCAUAUCAGUCUCUGACUGUUGAGUGUGUUCGAGGUGGAAAAUGGCAGCCAAACAAACUUAUUGUGGUGUGGACAAGAAGAAAAAGAAGAAAACUUUCCAAGCCAAUGUCAUGGCAACCAGGAAUCAGCAACCCUUUCCGUGGGAUCAUUGUUUGGCCGGAGCCAGAACCUGUUGACAUCACUGUUACUCUUUACAAGGACCCUAAACCAGAUAGUGGGUUUGAGGACAAGGAAUGGACUUUUGUCAUUGAAGAUGAAGCCCAGAAUGGAAGAAGAAAGCCUAUAGCCACAGGUGCUAUCAACAUGGUUGAUUAUGCCAGUGUAGAGAGCCACACCUUUGAAGUCACACUAACUCUGAAAGUUGCUAGUAAGAAGUUAGUGUCAGCUUCUCUUGAGUUCAAUCUGACUUGCGUAUUGAUCAAGGAAGGAAUGGCUACUGAUGAUGAUAUGAUCAGUAUUGGUAGUAUGAUGAGCUUGAAUGACUCCUAUUACUUGGAUGAUAAUGAUGAGGACAUGGAAAUGGUGCCAUCACCGAGGUUUCAUAGACGGAACAUUUCACAGGGAGGGAAUAUGAAAGUACAAGCUGUAUCCAGUCUGCAAGAGUCAGACAUUGCUAGAAGCAGAUCACCAACAGCAUCUCCAGUCCUUUCCAAGAAACAAGGCAGAAUAAGAUCUAAAUCAGCUUUAGGAGAAAACACAAAGACUCUAGUUAAUGACCUUCUAAAAGAAGAAGGCAUGAAAAGGUCAAGCACAGACUCAGAUGCAUCCGCAGACAUCUCUGAUGGUGGUCAGGAUACUAAUGACAAGAGUAGGAUGGAAUCUGAGCUGAUAAAAUGGGUACGAACAUGUACGAAAGGCUACCGUGGAGUGAAAGUCAAGAACAUGACAAGCAGUUGGAGAGAUGGACUUGCAUUUUGUGCAAUUCUACACAGCUUCCAUCCUGAUAAAGUUGACUUUUCUUCACUUAAUGCAGCGAACAUUAAAGAAAACAACAAGUUGGCUUUUACCGCUUUUGAGAAGCUGGGAAUUCCACGUCUUCUGGACCCCACCCAGAUGAUGUUCACACCUAUCCCGGACAAGCUGUCUGUGAUGACCUAUGUGUUUCAGAUCAAGACUCACUUCAGUCGGACGCGGCAACCGCUCCCUCCGAGCCCACUCAGUCUGGAGACGUCACCCAGACCCCGAAGAUUACCCGUCCCACCACAAAUGACGGUGACCUCCACAGAAGAACCAACAAAACAAGAUGAUGCUUCUGUAGCAGACAAUGAUAGCAAUGACAAAGACAAUAAUAGCGGUGGAGACAGCAAGGAGGCCGCCUCCAAGGACAGCAAAGAAGGGUGCAACCCAUUUUUGGACGAUCAGGAGAAGGACCAUGAAACUGCCUCGCCCGAGUUGUCGACUGAUCCUUCUGCCAGACGUUUAAGUGAAUCUAACUUGAACAAAACAGAAAACGAGCAAGACACUGGGACGACUUCUUCGAAUACAAGCGUAGAUAGGAAAAAUUCCGUCGAGGAAAAUGGCGACAAGAAGAAAGAUAUACUUCUAAAGAGUGAUUCGAAACCACCUCCAAAACCCCCAAGGAUUUAUCAGACUGAUAACAAAGAGGAUGCGGGUUUAAAGACUGACGAUAAUGUAAAUAAGAAAGAAAAGACCGAAUCAAAACCGUUUAAUCCUUUCGAUGAGGACGAUAACGAAGAGGAAAAUGAGACAACUAUUUCGCCUGCAAAAUCCACAAAGCCCAGCAAAGGAUACAAUCCUUUCGACGAUGAUGUGACAGCUGAUAGCUCUGCAGAGAAGGACAAUAAGACUGGUUAUAAUCCAUUUGACGAUGACGACGAUGAAGGAGACGCAGCAGAAACUGAUAAAAACGUCGAGAAGAAAACAUUGGGUGUGAUAAAAAGACAACUGUCGUAUCCCCAUCAUUAUAAUCCGUUCGAUGAAGGCGAUGACGAAAAGUCGAAUGCGACUGAUGAAAGCUCAGAAAGAACUAAACCCAAAGCAAAGAAAGCGACCAAGGACACUGCGUUAGAGUCGACAACAAAGGGUUAUAAUCCGUUUGAGGACGAUGAUGAUGAAAGUGUGAAUGAUAACAAUAGCGCCGUGCAGGCUGAUUCAUUGAGAAAGUCUAGCACGGAAAAGAAAACUAACGUCAAUAGAGUUGCCCAAUCUGGGACGGGUUCUCCGUCUGCUGCGCUUAAACCGGCGGAGACUAGCGCGAAGAAAAGGCGUGCCCCACCCCCUCCGGCAGUACGUUCAUCUGAUGAUCCGUGGACAGCGAGACUUCCCACGGAGGUUACUCCCACUAGACACCGACGGUCACGGCCGACAACAUCAGAAACAAGCGGUGAACAGCAAACAUCUCCCAAUGCAUCCCCCGCGAAAAGGACCCCGAAAAGGGCCGCUCCCGCUCCCCCGAGGCGACCACCCCUCAUCCCUUCUUUUGACGAAUGGAAAAGCGAGCAAACGGAUGGAGGCCCUGCUAGAGAUAAUGAAAGACCAGCAGUUUCUAGCGUAAUUUCGUCUGAUGCAGGAGACAAGAAUGAGAAAUCUGAAAGCAGUAGUGGUGCAUCUCCAAAAGCAGCACCCAAAAAUUCCACUAACGACGCAGCGAAUCAGGCAGAUAUAAAACUCCUCGCGCGCCAAGUACUCAUGGACGCGCGCAAGAAGGCUGGGGCUAGCGGUGCGUUACCUAGGGAACGAGUCGCAGAAAUCGCCAAAGCUUCUAAAGGGCCAACCGCUGAUAAAACUAUCGCUGACUCAGAUGAGCGCGAAGGUGGUCCUCAAGAAAAGGAAAUGGUUGAUAACCAGGAGGCUUUAAGAAAAAAAGAGAAUCUUAGACAAAGAAAGGAGGAACUUUUAAAACGAAAGAAGGCCACUGAGAAAGCACAAAAAAUGGUUCAAAAUGCCGUUGAUAACGAGAGGGCUCAGAAACAAGCUUCCUCACCGCAACAAACGACAACUGAAAAGACAAACCAGGAAAGUAACACUGAUGGAACUGGUACUGACGGCACUAGUGACGAUCAGAAAACUGUUGGCAACAAGAACCUAAAGCACCGUCCGCUAAAACUCAAGGAUAAAGAAAAUGAUGAAAACAGACGAAAAUUAUCACCACCUCCCAAAAAUGAAUUUAAAGAAAGCGACGAACUACAGCGAAUUAGAGAAAUUUUGAAUCAAGGAAAGAAGGACAGAAAACUUAGUAACUCUGAUAAUGCUGGCCAAGACAAAAACUCAGUGCGUGCUCAAAGCCCUAAGCCUUCACAGGAAGGGUCAAGAAAAAUGUCACAUGGAAAAUCUUCCAAACGUACUGCGAUAAAUGGGGUGAAAAACACUUCUGAUCCCGCGCCGCCUCCACGCUCCAAAACGCGCGGACCCAAUGCAGGUCUGCAAGCGUACGUAAAGAGCAGGAAAAUGAACUUUGAGGCUUUUGAGGUGCCAUCGGAUCGAGCACAGCAAGGUGAUAAGCAGGGAAAUGUGGGGACACUGCAAGGUGUUCAAGAUGAUGACACAAGAGACGCGUUAUCCAAGGAUGAAGACGGUAUUAUAAAUGACGAAGGACGAGAGUCAGGGGACCCUACACUGGAUCUCCAAGACACCUAUGAUUACGUCCGCGAAGAACUGAAAAUGCUCGAAGAACAACAGCAAGCUUUGGACAAGGUUGGAGAAAAACUGGAAAUUGAGCUUCGUCGGGCAAUGGAGACUAAAGGUUGUGAAGAUGAACAAGAGAAACUUAUGCAGGACUGGUUCGUACUGGUUAACAAAAAAAACGAGCUGGUCAGAAGACAAGGGGAACUGAAUUUACUGAAAAACGAAGAGGAUUUGGAAAGGAGUAAGGAUCUGCUGCAACGAGAACUGCGAGCCAUCCUGGAAUUGGAAGAUUGGCAAAAGACCGAGGAACAAAAAGACCGUGAAAAAGAGUUAAUUGAUCAGCUGGUGUCAGUUGUCAACAGGAGGGAUCAGUUGGUGCAGUUUGAAGACACACAGCUUCAACAGGCCGAACAGGAUGCGCUCCAUGUGCAAAAAGUGAUCGCCAAUGCUAGGCUUUCAAAGGACAAGAAUGAAUGUGUUCUCCAGUAGGAAUAAAUUAUUUUAUUUCAGUUUCCUUGGCUUAAGAAACCUGAUGUCAAUGAGAGCCCCUCCCCAAGUGGCUCGAGAGAGGUGUAUUAUACAGAACAACAGAACAACUCCUGUAAAAUGUGACUCGGUUUAGGUAGAGAUCCCCAAAUCUCAAUUACUGUAAUUGUGAAAAGCUAGCCGUAUCGUUUGUCUGGCGGUUAUUUACUCCUUAAUAUUUAAAUAGAAAGCGAAAUUGUCAGUGAAAGGCACUGAGGAUGCUUUGGUACAUUUAGGUAAUAAUUACGAGAGCUGGCAACUUGGGCGAAUCUUCUGCUGCAAAACAGUUGAAAGAAAGCAGUUCGACAGUGUGAUACCUAAGCAAGUUACUGCUUCAAAGGUUAACUGCUCUUUAUAACGUUCUUUGUUUGGUUUAACUUCAACUGCUUGCUUUAUAUUGAAUGGUUGUUUCAGUGAUUGUGGCGCUUUUGCGUUGAAACUGCGUUUUUUUUUUUCGUGAAUUUCAAGUUGGAUGAGUGCAUUGCCGUAGACAGCGUUAGUUAAGUAGAGGUUUAGUAUUGAAAUGUUAUUUUUAUGGCACCAAUAUGUAGAGCGUUUCGAUCUGUUUCUUAAAUAGAAUUUUGCGUCGCAAAAUGUUGACACCUCGGGCUUCAAAUGCUCCACGGAGCUUUAUGAACCUUUAAACCCCAAAGAGUUAAUACCACCUAAGAUUCUCGUCACGGUAUAACCACUGAACCAAUCACAAGAAUAAAGGUCACAAGAAUAAAGUCAAUGAUCUUUAACUUAAGUAGCUCUUGAUUGUCAAACAAAUUUUAUUAUAUAGAUACUGAUGAAAUACCAGGAUUUCUCCUUUUACUAAAAAAU